UCACCAUCCGAGAAGCUCUGUUGGGUGUUGUUGUCCUGCAUCGGUUAAAACCAGGCUCUCCCUUUAUUCGACUUUUUGCCUCGAUUGCGGGAGCGCGUAUUGAUUGAUAUCUUUUGGCACGCUCGUUCCGCGCCGCUUGUGCCGGGAAAGCAAAUUCCUUCCUCCCUUCCACGCCCGCGAAUUUCGAACCGUUGGCCUCGCAGGAGUAGGAUAGUAAAAAUAGGCCUAAAAACGGGAAUAACAAAUUGCCAGUCGCACUAUCGAGAAAUCCCAACCGCAAACCUGAGAGAGGAUCACAGAAGGGACAUGCUUCUACUAUCAGCCUCGACAUAGAUACAGUCAGCCCUUCCACCAUGUCCCCUCUCAGAGGCUACAUCACGUCGUACCCUCCACGGGUGCGCCAUUAUGGGAACGCACUUCUCACGCCUGUCAUACCGCAGACCCAAGUCGGGCCGACGCCGCGCACGACCAAGCGAGGGACAACCGCGAUCAACUACGCGGAGGACGGGUUUGACGAUGACUUUGAGGAGGAAGAGGGACGGCGACCUACCGGAUUGAGGAGUUUGAGGAGGGAGGAAUCGAUGACGGAGAAGCUGCCAAUUUCAGACAAGUUGGGAAAAGAGGUUCAUGCUCCUGUUGAAGUUCAAGGGGUCUUUCGCGAUUGGAUGAUCAAGCGGAUGUUGCGACCUGCCUGCGCAGAUCAGCUACAAAUCCAGGCGCAACUACCUCUCACGCUCAUUCCGAUUCGAAUUGACCUCGAAGUCCCGGCGCAUCAGCCUUUGGAACCAUUUCCUUUACCACGAGGAAUUGUGGACCCUGCAAUAAACCCGACGCUGCCCGGGUAUAGACGACCAGACCCAUUGCCCGCGUUUCGGAUCAAAGAUACUUUCCUCUGGAACCUCCAUGAAGCCCUUGCGACUCCCGAAGAAUUUGCAGUCGGUUUUGUGCGCGAUCUCGACCUACCCAACCCCCAAGGCAUGACGUUGGCUAUCAGCAACCAAAUACGGCAACAAUUAGAGGAGUAUGCCGGUGUUGCUCUACACCCUUUAUUCCAGAGUACACAAAUUCAGCCUCCCGCUCCGCAAAUCGGCCAGUCGCGCGAUGUGUCUACAACACCGGCACCAACGAACCUUCCAGCGACGCCAGAGAUCACAGCAACAAAGGAGCCAUUGGUCAACGACAGUAUCUUGAAUCCAGAUGAUGCAUACCGUUGCAUGAUCAACCUGAAUAUUAACUUGCAGAACAAGCUAUAUACGGACAAGUUCGAGUGGUCUCUCCUCCAUCCCCCCGGAAUGGCAGAUGACUUCGCUAAAGUUACCUGCGCUGAUCUGGGGCUGAACGGCGAAUGGGUUGGCGCAAUUGCACACGGCAUCUACGAAGCCGUCCUUAAGUUAAAGAAAGAAGUCUGCGAAAGCGGCGGUCUCAUCAGCGGCUACGGCAACGAGAUCGAUAACCAAGCCGCCAACGGCGCAGAGGCUGGUUGGCGCUAUGACCCCGAAGGCCUCGGCGACGAGUGGGAACCCAAGGUCGAAACACUGUCCAAAGAGGAAAUUGAACGGAGAGAAGGCGAUCGCGAACGACAAAUCCGACGUCUCCGACGAGAGACAGCUCGGUUCUCCUCCACCGCAGGUAUAACGCCUGAUGCAUCACGACAAGGCAGUGGCUAUUUCGAUGUGGAUGGUGAGACACCUCUGGGUCGGGGCGAGCGGAAUAAACGCAAGAAGCGGUUCCGCAGUCUCAGUCCUUCUGGAAGGCCUGGUACACCUGGUGGGCGAGGCACUCCCGAUACAGGCUCGGGAGCUGGUUAUGGUGGAGGUGGUGGCACAUUAUCCGACUGGGAACGACAGAAUUGGCGGUGCAGCAACUGCAUGGUAUGGGGUACCGCUGUUUGGGCCGUACGAGAUGGUCCCGCAGGCUCAAGGACCCUGUGCCACAAUUGUGGUCUUUUGUACGAACGCGACAAGGUCGUUCCCGAAUGGUCAAAAGACCUCCAUCGCCAUGACAUCCCCGUUGGUCGGUAGAGGUCACCCCAGCUCUUUACUUGCUAAUAGAACACCCUCAAAAGUACUGCAGCCGCGCGAGUCAGCUACGUUCAUCAAACUCGAGCAGCAAAAUGUGCCGGCAUUGGCAUGCGAUGCCCUAAAGCUCGUCCCGUUGCCUUUGCAGAUCCCUCUACCUUGUCACCAUUAUCAUUACCAACCGUAUCUCUUUGAAUGUAGCCAUGACCUUUUCUUCUUCUUCUUCUUCUUCUUCUUCUUCUAUCUCUCUAAUGAGCCCCUAACAGACAGGAUUGGCGCAUUUGACGGUUUUAUUCUUUUUUCUUAUCUUGUCACAGCAUUACAUAUCAUACAUUGGAAGAGUUGGGAGGAUGAAUGUCAACGUUGGUUUCCUAGUGCACCUGGCUGCAAACCUCUUACUUUUUAUCCAAAAUUUAUUAUGAAUUCAGAUAUCUUACUCGGCUUUAUCAAGUUACGAAUGAUUGUCUUUGUAUCGGUGGG